AUGGCUUUCCGCUUCGCUAGGGAUGCCCCGGAUGGCUUCAACAACUCGAUCAAGAACGUCGCAAUCGUUGGCGCCGGUGGUCAGAUCGGCCGAGCUAUUGCAGAACAGCUUCUUAAGACCGGAAAACACACGGUGACCGCAAUUACUCGUAAUGGCAGCGAGACCAAUCUUCCAGAUGGGCUGAACAAAGUCACUGUAUCAUACAGCGACGAAAGCUCCCUCAUUUCCGCAUUGAAGGAUCAGGAGUUCCUGGUCAUUACACUCUCUCUGAGCGCGCCUCCGGGGACGCACAGCGCGUUGGUUAGAGCAGCAGCAAAGGCUGGCGUCAAGUACGUCAUGCCAAAUGCUUACAGCAUAAACUUCACCACGAGCGGGGCCCUUCGCCGAGACAUUCCGGUGGGCAACACGGUUCUCGCCAAUAUUGCCGAGAUUCAGCAGUCCGGUUUGACCUCGAUUACUCUGAUGAACGGCUUCUGGUACGAGUACAGCCUCAUAGCUGGCACGGCUACGUUCGGAUUCGACCUCGAUAACCACAUCGCGACCUUCUACGACGAUGGAAAGAAGGCUAUCAACACGUCCACGUGGGCCCAGUGCGGUCGUGCGGUGGCAUCGCUCCUUGGACUGAAGGUGCUACCCGAAGACGAGGACGACGAAUCGACAACCAUCUCAGACUUCCACAACAAGACGAUGUUUGUUUCGAGCUUCAAGAUCAGCCAGAGGGAUAUGUUGGACAGCAUUCAGAGAGUGACCAACACGACAGACAACGACUGGAGGAUUUAUAAUGAGCCAACCGAUGAGCGGUACAAGGCAGGCAUGCGAGAGAUGGACCAGGGCAAACGUGAGGGGUUUUACAAGUCGAUGUAUGCGCGGGUGUUCUACCCUAGCGGCGAUGCGGACUUUGAGUCUGACGGCGACCGUUUAGGACUUCCCACAGAGGACCUAGAUGAAAGCACGCGUUACGCACUCUCUCUGCAAAGAUCACGCUAA